AUGGCCAUCUCAACUUUGUACAAUUCCAUCAUCGUCACAGCCCCCUAUGUCUUGUCUCUCAUCGCUUUCACAUUAAUCCUUCAAUACAUCUAUCAAUGCUGGAAAGCAUACCGGUCUCCUCUAUCUCAAUUGCCUGGCCCUUGGUACGCGCCCUUUACGGGCGUGCAUCUGACGCUGGGCUUUGCCCGCGGCACAGUAUGGAGAAUGGUCGAGGCGGGCCACGUCAAGUAUGGACCAUUCAUGCGCCUUGGGCCGCGACAAGUCUGGAUCUCGGACAAAGUGGCAUUGAAGCAGAUCAUACAGCAGAUUGAUCUCCCAAAGGUCAUGAUGUAUGCGGAGAUCAGCCGUGAGAAGGAGAGUGCGGGGCUCUUUGGUGAAGUCCGGCCUCUGGUUCACAAGCGUCUGCGGACGACCAUGACACCUGCAUUCACUGUCACUUACCUUGACAAGCUGGACACGUUGUUCCAGAAGCCUGUGCGAGACAUGAUGAAUGCCUACCAUGAUCGUCUUGGCUCCAACUAUGGUAGCGAGGGAGUGAAGGUCAACCUCAUGGAUGAUCUGCACCGUAUCGCUUUGGAGAUCAUGGGCGAGUGUGCCUUUGGUCGAGGUUUCGGGUCCGUUGCUCCAGACACAGUUCCAGAACCAGGCUUCAGCUUGAAGGCAUGGCAGGAGAUACCGCGUGCUGCGUUCAGCGGCUGCCAGAGGAGAUAUGCUCUCGUCUACUUCAAGCGCGCUCUUCGACGUUUCGGCAUCCACCUCAAGUUCGAUUGGCCAGCAGAAAUGGUGACCGCAAUCGAAAGCGUUGUCAAUCGUCGACGAGAAAAGUCCGACAAUGAGCGACAGGAUCUGCUGCAACACCUGAUCACAAAAGGUGUACGACCCGACAACGGCAACAAGAUGAACUCUCGCGAUAUUCUGGACAACCUUUCCGAGCUGCUUCUCGCCGGAGCGGAGACUACUUCCGCGACAAUGUGCUAUCUCUUCCUUGAGCUAGCCCGUAACCCCGAAGUUCGCAAAAAGCUCAUGGACACCCUUCCUCUUCUCAGUGUCAGCGACCCACUCCUCGAUGGUGUCAACAUCCGCAAAGACCCUCGAUACCAAUAUCUCGAGGCCUGCAUCAAGGAGAACCUCCGCAUGCACCCCAUCGCGUCCGAGCUGGGCCGUCGCACCCUCAAGGAUCCCGUCACACUCAACGGCGUAGUUAUUCCCCCUUACACCGUCGUCUCAGCAUCCUACCGCGCCAUCCACCUCAACGAAGAAUACUGGCCUCAAGCUGACCGCUUCUGGCCCGAAAGAUUCUUGCCCGCCGAUCACCCAUUGAAAGAUCAUGCUCCAGAUGCUGACCUCUCUGCCUAUUUCCCCUUCUCCGGUGGCGCGCAUUCUUGUAUCGGCAUGAACUUUGCUUGGCACGAAAUGCGUGUUGUCAUCGCGAACUAUAUGGCACGAUUCGAUGUGGUGGAGGUGCCGAACCAGAAGUUGGAUAUUCGGCAGUUUAUUACGAUGCAGUUUCAUGAUGGCAACUGGAAUGCGGUGUUGUAUCCUCGCGCAUCUUCGGAGGUGUGA